AUGCUUAUUAAAAUGAACAUCCAUUUCCAUAUUUUCCUCUGCAUUCUCAUCUUUUAUACGCUGUUCUACAUGGCAAGCACCUUGUGUGCAGGAUUCAUGAGGAUAGAAGAUUUUGAUUGGAUGUUACCAUUUAGACACAAGAUUACACCAUCUCUCAGUAGCUCUCAAUAUUUACUUCAUGUGAUUUCUGCAGGGAUAACCUUCUUCUUGAGUGGCCUUCUCUUUGUCCCUCUUGUUGGUGCCAUGGUGUGGGAUUAUUCUGCCACAGUGACUGUUCUUCAUGUAAUCAUCUGUUGCACAGUUACGCAAGAAUUUCCUCUCAUGUGGCAAUGGUGGCUGCAAAUAGGCUCUGGGUUGUUUCUUAUGAUUAUAUCUGGUCAGACGGUUGCAUACUUUACAUGCAGAAGCUCAAAUCAAAGGCAUAGAUCAACUAUCUAAUGUGACAACUGUAUGUAUGUAUAUACUGUAUAUCAAAAAGCUAG